AUGCCGUUUCUAGAAAACACGGCUAGCAUUGACGCAUUUACCAGAGACUUUGCCAAAUCGCAUCGUCUUCGUUUUCGAAACAUUGAGCGUAGUACCGCUACUGAUCCAUCCUUGUCAUGUAGCACCAUGAGUUCAGCUUGCAAAACGCAAGUGUGGCUUGACGAUGACGAACUGUGCGCCCGAGCAGAUCUCGGAGCCCGUGUCUUGGAUUUUAACGGACUCGAGAAUUCGAAUGAAUCGGAUUGCAAGUGGAUUCUGCAUCACAAGUCACCCGAGUCGUUUACAACGCAUACACGACGACUAGAUGAAAAGACAACUCGAUGGAAGGAUGUGCUAGGACGAUCUCGAUCAAGUCAGCAAGUUCUCGUUACGGGAAAUAUCCAUUGCCAUAUGCAAGAAGUGAUUCAUGUUUUAAAUUCAUCAAACACGUUUGAUUACAACGCUGCUAUGCGUAGUCUUUAUCGUAAAGAUUUUAUCUACGGGUCAGUGGUACGCAUCGUUCCACCUGGUCCUGGCGAGGACGACAAGCGCCUUAUCGAAUUACUUCACGAGAAAGAGUCAACGAUGACACGAGUAGCAGUCAAGACAGGGACAUUUGUGCAUUGCAAGCGGUUUUCGCCAAAUGAGCAAUGGUGCUUCUUAGAACGUGCUCAACAUACGACAUCAAGUCGAAAGACAUCAUCGAAACCGAGUUCAUUUACACUCACACUAAGUUCGCUAGACGAAGAAGAAGUCGAAGCGGGCAAAGUAAAUGGUCAUGCUCGCGUCAAGACACUGCACAAUUUGAACGCAGGCUAUUUAAUCGAACAAGCCCCAGAUUCCCCGUACGUUCAAGUGACUUUCUUUGGUCAAUUUGCAAGCGACGACUUGAACAAUCCGCGUCAUGCACGAGCUUCUCAAGCACGUGCUCGAUUGAUGCGUUUAGCUGAGGGAGUGACUCGUUUGCCCGAAAUCGUACGUCGACGUCGAUUUGGAGCACAGACGAUGGCUGAUCAUGCGGCUUUUGAAGCAAAAAACACGCAUUGUACGUGUUGUACCAAAUCGUUGCGUGUACUCACACGAAAACAUCGCUGUCAUCUCUGCGGACACUUUGUUUGUGAUCGCUGCUGGUCAAUUCAAGAGAUGGAGUCCUACGAUGCUCUUCACGUCACGCCAGUACGUGUGUGUUUACGUUGUGUGGAGUUUGUUGACAAAGCCGAUUACACGGCAGUCAAGCCUAGUUCGUUACGAAACUUGCAAGUGCAACAAGACCCGAUCGGCCAUCCUCCAUCGACUGUAAGUUUGGUUGAUUUGCUGCAAUCCGAGUUGCGUACAUCUUCUGAUGUCCGUAAAAACUCAGUGCGUUCAGUCAUUCAAUAUCUCAUCGAUGAAGAGCCUGGAGAACACCAAAAGAUAGAGGAACGACCAUUGAAUCAUCUCACGUCAGACAGCACUGACCACGAAUACAUUGAUGCCCUUGAAAAAGGUCUAAGUAUUCAUCAAGUUCCUCUGUAUGAGUGUACAUUAGCCAAUGCUUCAAAGCGGGAGUAUGCGAUCACAUGGCCUCAGACGACAGGACAUGCGACCGCUCCUGAUGUUUCAAUGCCUUCAAACGAAGAAGAGCGGCUUGCAGCAAUUGCACGCAGCCAAAUUUUAGACGUGGACCACGCUUCGGAGUUGGAUACGCUCUGCAAAUUGGCUGCUAGCCAACUAGACUGUUCAAUCGGCAUUGUGACAGCUGUAACCGCUGACGAAACUUGUAUCUUAGGAUCGUCGAAGGAUGAAUUGCGACGCGUUAAUCUUCCUCGUGAACACACAUUUUGUAAGCAUACGAUUAUGUCGUCCAAGCCGUUGCUGGUGCCGCAUCCGGAGGCUGAUGUUCGAUUUCAAAACUUGAAAGCACGAAUUGAUCUAGAUGUGCGAUUCUAUUGUGGAUUUCCAAUUGUUGAUGCUGAUGACAUUGCAAUUGGCUCGCUCUGCUGUUUGGAUCAAAAGACUCACGAAAUGACUCAAUCGCAGUAUUCAUUAAUGAAAAAGCUGGCGGCUACUGCUGGGUUCAUGCUACAAUCCAAGAAUCAAGAGAAGAAUUAG